CAUACACACACACACACACACAACUUCACGGAGUCGCACUCCCCCCCCCCUCGCUAGCCUACUCUAUACCUACACUCAGUUAUCACACACAACGCAUUAGUGUGGGACUGUCCUUUUUCUGUCUGUUCUCCCUUUCUCUCUCUAUACACACGACACGGUUAUGGUGUCAUUGUGCUAAACAGUGGAGUUGGUUUAAGCUUUCAUAAAAAAAAGUGUGCAUCGCUUCCAAGGCAAGCUAAAAUAGAUAGAGAGAGAAAGAGAUUAUCCAAUCCAAACACAAUCCUCUCACCUAAAAGGCAUUCUUUUUGAUACUCAGAGAAUAAUGAUGUUUUUUCAUCACCUAACUUUUUAGAUCUUAAACUAAAGUGAAGAUGUACUCGUUCAUUUAUUGAUUAAGAUAAAAUGGCGACAAAACAAGCUUCGAAAUUCCAAAAAUUGAGCUCAAGAGUAGCUAAUUCGCCUACCUCAUCAACCACAUCAUCAUCUAAGCAGUUUCCAGAACAUUCUAUAGACGGUGUGAGCUCGCCGGCUUCCUCAUCAGCUAAGAGUAAGCCGCAGUUAUACUACUCAGAGAGUGUGUCAGCAGAGACGGAGAGACCCAAAGAGAAUGUAACCGUGACAGUGCGUUUCCGACCUCUAAGCCCGAGGGAGAUUCGACAAGGAGAGGAAAUCUCAUGGUACGCAGAUGGAGAAACUAUUGUUAGAAAUGAGCAUAAUCCUUCACUAGCUUAUGCGUAUGAUAGGGUUUUUGGUCCUACCACCACAACACGUCAUGUCUAUGAUGUUGCUGCACAGCAUGUUGUUGGUGGUUCCAUGGAAGGCAUAAACGGCACGAUCUUUGCGUAUGGGGUUACGAGCAGUGGGAAAACCCAUACGAUGCAUGGUGAUCAAAGAUCUCCUGGUAUUAUACCAUUGGCUGUGAAGGAUGCCUUCAGUAUUAUCCAAGAGACUCCAAGCCGAGAAUUUCUGCUUCGUGUCUCAUACCUGGAGAUCUACAAUGAGGUUGUUAAUGACUUGCUAAAUCCAGCUGGACAGAAUUUAAGAAUCAGAGAGGACACUCAGGGGACCUUUGUGGAUGGAAUCAAGGAAGAAGUUGUUUUAUCCCCUGCUCAUGCUCUAUCCCUUAUUGCUGCUGGGGAAGAGCAUCGGCAUGUUGGUUCCACGAACUUCAAUCUACUCAGUAGUAGAAGUCAUACAAUAUUUACGCUGACAAUAGAAAGUAGCCCCUGCGGUGAAUAUAGUGAAGGAGGGGCAGUUACCUUGUCACAACUGCACCUUAUUGAUUUGGCAGGCUCUGAGAGCUCAAAGGCUGAAACCACCGGUGUGCGCCGAAAGGAGGGAUCUUACAUCAACAAAAGCCUACUGACUCUUGGAACUGUUAUUUCUAAGUUAACUGAUGGGAAAGCUACUCAUAUACCAUAUAGAGAUUCAAAAUUGACUAGGCUUCUUCAAUCCUCAUUAAGUGGUCAAGGACGUGUAUCUCUUAUCUGCACUGUGACUCCUUCGUCAAGCAAUUCUGAAGAGACACAUAACACAUUAAAGUUUGCUCACCGUGCUAAACACAUUGAGAUUCAAGCAGCACAAAACAAGAUAAUUGAUGAAAAAUCACUUAUCAAGAAAUAUCAAAAUGAAAUUCGUCGUCUAAAAGAAGAGUUAGAACAACUGAAGAGAGGCAUCGUUACAGUUCCACAUAUGAAAGAUAGCGGAGAAGAUCUUGUGCUCCUGAAACAAAAGCUAGAAGAUGGUCAAGUCAGACUACAGUCGAGGUUGGAACAAGAAGAGGAAGCUAAAGCAGCUUUGCUUAGUAGAAUACAGCGUCUAACAAAGCUAAUUCUAGUAUCCACUAAAACUUCACAGUCCUCAAGAUUUCCUCAUCGGGCUGGUCCUAGAAGAAGACAUUCCUUUGGAGAAGAAGAGCUUGCAUAUCUUCCGCAUCGAAGACGAGAUCUCAUCUUGGAAGAUGAAAAUGUUGAUUUGUAUGUUUCGGUUGAUGGCAAUGUGGACACUUCUGAUGAUACAUUUAAAGAGGAAAAGAAAACUCGGAAAAAUGGAUUGCUAAACUGGUUUAAGCCACGGAGACGAGACAGUGGGUCAGGUACCUUGGCUAGCACUAGUGAUAGAUCCAGUGGGCUCAAGUCAACUAGUACACCAUCCACUCCUCAAGCUGAAAAUCACAUGGAAUCGAGAAACUCACACUCUAUACCCACUGAAAGCACGCCAUCUGCAGAGCGUUUAUCUGAUGUUAGAUUGGAUAAAGAAGUUCCAGAGGACAACCUUUUGGACCAGGAAACUCCUCUGACUAGCAUGAAGACAAUUGAUCAAAUUGACCUCCUGAGAGAGCAGCAAAAGAUUUUGUCUGGUGAAGUGGCACUGCAUACAAGUGUUUUAAAACGGUUGUCAGAGGAAGCUACACACAGUCCAAAGAAAGAACAAGUGCAAAUGGAGAUUAGGACAUUGACGGAUGAAAUAAGAAUGAAGAAUGAACAAAUAGCUUCACUGGAGAUGCAAAUUGCUGAGUCCAUUAUUAGCCCUUGUGAAAAGAUGGAGAACCAGGAAGAAACUGUGUCUGUUGCUGAGCUCUUGGCACAGUUGAAUGAGAAGUCUUUUGAACUUGAGGUUAGAGCUGCUGAUAAUCGAAUAAUUCAGGACCAGCUAAAUCAAAAGACCCAUGAAUGCGAGAAUCUACAAGAAGCAAUUGUGUCCUUAAAACAACAGCUUUCUGAUGCCUUAGACCAGAGAAACUGCAGUCCAUCAGUUGCCCAUUCACAGCGUCUAUCUGAGACCAAAAGUUUACUUGUGGAACUAAGAGCUGAAAAGGAGAGUGUUACCUUAAAGGAUGCAAAAGAAGCAUUACUCCUACAGGCGCAGGCAAGAGAGAUUGAAGAACUCCACAAGAAAGUGACGGAACUGGUUGAGGCGAAGGAGCAACUGGAGCUCCGGAACCAGAAAUUGGCAGAAGAGAGUACAUAUGCCAAAGGGCUAGCGUCUGCAGCAGCGGUUGAAUUAAAGGCACUUUCUGAAGAAGUUGCAAAGCUAAUGAAUCAUAAUGAGAAAUUAGCUGCUGAGCUAGCCACCCAGAAGAGUACCUCUACCCAGCGUAAGCCAAGUGUUGCCAUGCGAAAUGGAAGAAGAGAUGCUAAUCUCAGACGAAAUGAGCAAAAUGUGUUGAGUGCAGAUAUGAAAAGAGAACUGGCUUUGAGCCACGAAAGGGAGCUUUCAUAUGAAGCUGCUCUUGUGGAAAGGGAUCAGAAAGAGGCUGAAUUACAGAGGAAGGUUGAAGAAUCCAAACAAAGAGAAGCCUAUCUCGAAAACGAACUGGCAAAUAUGUGGGUUCUCAUUGCAAAAUUAAAGAAGUCUCAGGGAGUUGAAUCUGAUCCUUCUGAAUCAACCAUAUCAGAAAGCCGAAGAAUUGAUGGUUUUGAGGUUUGGGAUAGUGUUGUGCAGUCUAGAGGACGUCAGUGAGGGAUGUUUGUUCUUAGAAGCAAGAGUGAGUUGUGAUUGUCUGUAUGAUAGUUUAGUGGGAUUGUUGCAGAUUAGGAGGGCCAUUCUGUUUAUUCUGUUUUUUCCGCUUAAGCCACUGUAAGUAAAUUAGUCGUGAGGGGCUCUCUGCAUUGUUCUGUGCAUGUUGAACUUGCUGCUUUUGUACAGAGGUUGAUGUUUGCAAUUUUUAAGGCUGGAAUGUUGAAUGAUAGGCAUGCAGUUUGAGCACUAAUUCUGAGAAAUUGGUUUGCUACCCUUUACCAGUUGUCUCUACAAGUCAAUAAGUAUUGUAUAGAAAGAAAAUUCCUUUUUCCUCGUUGA